GAUCAUGUUCAGAUUCAGUAACUCAGAGCCAAGACACCAUGCACUGCUCACUUCACUUUGCACUAUAAAUCCAACCUCACGCCUUCAAUUUUCUUAAGCACACACAUUAAUCUCUUAAUUCCCAGUUUCAAUCACCAACAAACUCUCUCAAAAUGCCAGUUGCCCUUAGCAUGAAGAAGCAUUUGCUAACCCUUAUUCUGAUAGGAAUUAUAGCUGGGGCUUUUCCAAGAUACGGUAUUGAGGCUCAAUCAAUUUGUGGUUGUCGCCCAGAUGAAUGCUGUAACCCAUGGAGCUACUGUGGCACUACCGACGAGUACUGUGGCGAUGGAUGUCAAUGGGGCCCUUGUUAUCAGUCCCCUGAACUCAACGAUGUCUCAGUGUCUGAUGUUGUGACAUUGGAGUUCUUCGAUGGGAUAAUUAGCCAAGCUGAUGCGAGUUGUGCUGGAAAGAACUUUUACUCACGAGCAGCCUUUCUUGAAGCUCUCGGUUCAUAUAAUCAAUUUGGAAGGAUUGGUUCCACCAAUGACUCUAUGCGUGAGAUUGCUGCUUUCUUUGGCCAUGUAACUCACGAGACUGGGCAUUUUUGCUAUCUAGAGGAGAUAGAUGGUCCCUCGAAGAACUACUGCGACGACCGUUUCGAAGAAUAUCCAUGCAAUCUAAAUAAAAGUUACCAUGGACGUGGACCACUUCAACUGUCAUGGAAUCUCAACUACGGAGCAUCAGGAAAUAAUAUUGGAUUCGACGGGUUAAACUUUCCUGAAACUGUGAUAAAUGAUCCGGUUAUUUCGUUUAAGACCGCCUUGUGGUAUUGGAUGAACUAUGCUCACCCAUAUAUGGACUUAGGAUUUGGGGUAACAAUUGCAAGCAUGAAAGGUGGACAUGAAUGUUUUGAUGAAAACCCCGAAGCAGUUCAGAAACGUGUCGAGUAUUAUACUGAAUAUUGUAAACAAUUAGGUGUUGAUCCUGGCGAUGAUCUCACUUGCUAGCGAACUGGCCUUACGCACAUGCAGUCAGUCGACUAGCUAGCUGCCCUUGUAAUAUAUUGUCUCAAAGGAAAUAAAGCGUACUAUAAUUAAGUGUGAAUAUCCCAAAUUAAUCAGCUUGAAUGCAUGCCUUUAGUGCCGUUGCCUUCCU